UCCAUAGAAUCUGGUCUCUCUCUCUCAACCUUUCUUAUUUGCAUUGCAACCUCGUGUUCUUGCACUGGUACCCUCUUCUCUCUCUCUCGCUCUCGCUCUCGCUCUCGCUCUCUCUCUCUCUCUCUACAUUUACCCUAAGACUGAUAAAAGGGUCGUUCAUUGCUCUCUACAUAAGCCGCUCACUUGCAGUCUUUUCAAUCCGUCUUUGAGAAGUGGAGAGAGAGAGAGAGAGAGUUAUUACUGAUUCAUCCCUUAUUUGUUCCUUGUUCUGUGCAUCUAUUCUUUCUUUGAUAAAGAAAUCUAUUUCUUCAUUCAAAAACAAUCCAAAGAUUAAAGCCCUGGUUUCUACCCUUUUUCACUUGAUUAUCAGAAGCACCAGUAAGGCAUAAAUACAGAGAGAGAGCGAGAGAGAGAGAGAGAGAGUUUUGUGGUUUUGCAAUGGCACCCAGUUUUGAUUUUGCAGUGUCAAGCCUUCUAUGCACAGAAGACAACAGCAUCAUAUUUGGUGAUGAUGAGAUUGAUUUUGAGCCCACUUGGCAUAAUCGGAACCAUCGAACCAGAAAUCAAAACCAGAGCUUUGAUGAGCCAUACAUUGUUUUGCCAAUGCAGAGUGAUGAGUGCUUGGCUCAGAUGCUCAAGAGGGAAUGUGAGCUCUUGCUUGCUAGUGAUUACUUGAGCGGAUUGAGGAAUGGGGAUUUGAACUUGAUGGCUAGAAGAGAGGCUGUUAUAUGGAUUGGAAAGGUUGUUGCCCAUUUCAAUUUUGGACCUCUGUGUUCAUAUUUGUCUAUAAGCUACUUGGAUAGAUACCUCUCAACCUCUGAAUUACCUAAGGGCAAAGCUUGGAUGGCUCAAUUGUUGGCUGUGGCCUGUUUAUCCCUUGCAGCCAAAAUGGAGGAGACUGAGAUUCCUUUGUGUGUAGACUUUCAGGUGGCUGGGUCUAAAUUUGUGUUUGAAGCAAGAACCAUACAGAGAAUGGAGCUUCUGGUUUUGAGCACAUUGAAGUGGAGAAUGCAAGCUGUCACCCCAUUCUCCUUCAUUGUCUAUUUCCUUUGGAAAAUCAAUGGUGAUAAAAACCCUUCAAGAUCUUCAAUCUCUAGAUCAACUCAACUCAUAUUGGGCAUAAUAAAAGGAAUUGACUUCUUGGAGUUUAGGCCUUCUGAGGUUGCAGCAGCAGUGGCAAUGUCUGUUGCAGAAGAAGCUCAAACAGUAGACAUCAACAAAGCAAUUUCUCUUCUCAUUGAACAUGUAGACAAGGAGAGAAUGCUCAAGUGUGUUGAUAUGAUCCAUGAGCUAUCGUCGUUAAUGAGUGAGUCUACUAAUGGGUUAAGUGCUUUAGUACCAUCUGUGCCCCAAAGUCCAAUUGGUGUGCUGGAUGCUGCUUGCUUGAGCUACAAAACAGAUGACACAACAGUUGGGUCAUGUGCAAAUUCUUCUCAUAAUAACUCAGGCAGCAAAAGGAGGAAGCUAAAUUAGAACCCUUUGAAGUGGAGAUUUAGGAUGUGAUGAGGGGUGGAUUGGUCAUUUCACUCCAAAACUAAACAUGUUUGGUUUGGUGGAAUGGAAGUUUUGGUGGGGAGAGAAAAAUGGAAAAGCUUUUUUUUUUUCGAGUAAAAUAGAAAAGAAAAAAUAUUUAGUGUAAAGAAGAGUACAAUAAGAUGGGUCAUGCUUGGGGGAUGGAAUUGGAGGAUGGCAUCAAAAUAUUGCAUGUUCAUAGCAUGAAGGAAACAGUCAACAGCUGUUAAAUAUUAGACUCCUUAGCAGCUAUGGGCAAGGAACAGGGUUGGAAAAGUUUAAAGAGAGAGAGAUGGGGGAGUUUUUACAUUUCAAUGUUCAUGUUUAUUUUUUAUGUUCAUUUUUUAGUUUGUUUUGCGAACAGUAUAAUAUGAGUAGAGAUUAAAAAGGAUAAAAAAAAAAAAAAAAGUUUUGGGAUUGUUUUAUUCUUUUUGUUUUUAUAUGGUAAGCAGCAGUUUUUUU